AUGGAAUAUCAUUAUUCAGAUCUUUGUAUACCUACCGAUCAUCUUUUGACUGAUCACUAUGGUGCAGAAUAUACACAGCAGUACUUAAUACCUACACAAGAGGCAGAAUAUGAAGUAAGAAGUAGUGUUCUGGUGGAUGGUGGUGAUAGGUAUGGAGUAUCAGCCGUGGUCUUUGACAAAUAUGAAGAAUUGAUAUGGAUGGGCAAUCAAGGUGGCCAUGUAACAUCAUAUUAUGGCCCUGGAAUGCAGAAAUACACUUCCUUUCAAAUACAUGAGUCUGAGGAAGUCAGAGAUAUAUUAACAGUUGAACAGGGAAUUUAUGCGUUGACAAAGACAACAUUACGCCAUCAAAUACGUAGAGGAAUUCCUAAGCACACAUACAGAUCUGAGAGCAUGAUAGACAUGCAAUGUCUAUUUCAAGUGAGUGCAACAAAGCUAAUGAUGGGAGGACAUCAAAAUAAGUUAUUAGAGCUGGAUAUAAACAAAAUGUCAGAAACUGUAAUACCUAUUAAAGAAGAUGGUUGUGUGGUGCUUCGUAGUGGAGGAGGAGCCCUAGUCGCUUGUGGGAGCGCUAACGGUAAAGUAGCGCUUCGCGAUAUUCGAACACCAAAUGCAGCUGAACAUACAUUCAGGGCCCACACAGCUUGUUUAUCGGAUCUGGACAUGCAGGGUGAUUUGCUUAUAUCAUGUGGUUUCACUCAGUCCGUCGGCGGCGUAGCAGUGGCAGAGCCCUACGUAGUGUUGUGGGACGUGCGUUGUCUCCGCGGCAGGACAAAUGCGGAAGGUGCUUGGUCACUCCAUACAGCCGCUCCACCUCUUUUAUUGCACUUCUUGCCAGCAUUCUCUGGUAGAGCGGUCGCCGUAUCUGGGGAUGGUCACGUAGCGUUACUGCACGUCAAUACACCGGACGAUAUGGAUAAGCAGUCUGUGUUUCAGGUUGACACGCAGAACUCUAUGUGCAGUGUAAUGGAUGUUUCGGCAACAAGCCAAGCACUUGCCUUCGGCGACCAAGCUGGCCAUCUGCAUUUGUUUUCACCUCAACAUAACCAUGAACCUGUAUUUAAUAACUUCUCAAGAGCAACGGAGUUUGCAGAUCAAGUGGUGGGACUGCCAUUCGUUAGUUUCAACGACACAGCAUUUCAAUUCUCUACUGUGCCACUACCGUCAUUAACGUCCGGCAACAAAUGGUUCAACGAAUUGCCACCGGAUUUCUUUAAAAAAAGUUACAGAAAGCCUAAACCGGUUGACCCUGAAGUGUUAAAAUCAAUGAAAAUGCAAGGACCUAUUGGGUACGCGCCCAAUCCAAGGACGUCCAAAAGAAAUCAGAUACCUUAUUUGCAAGAUAAUCUAGAAGAUCUGAAUACAGCUAAACAAAACGAAACCAAUUUCAAUACACAGCCUAUUCCCAAACAUUAUCAAAAGAUGGAUCUUCGCUACAACAAGCACGGACCAAAUGAAGAAUUAGAAAAUUACAAUAAAACCAAUCUACCAGGACUUGAAGCAACCAUACCUAAUUCUUAUUGCAAUCCUAUGCUCCAGGUGCUGUAUUACAUAUCGCCUCUUAAAGCAAUGCUUUUGGCACACACUUGUGCUAAAGAGUUCUGUCUCAGCUGUGAAUUGGGCUUCCUUUUCCGGAUGCUGGAUACAUCUGGCGGUGCGGCUUGCCAGGCGAAUAACUUCCUACGGGCAUUUCGUACGGUACCCGAAGCGGCCGCGCUGGGGCUUAUACUUACCGACCGAGCAGACACGCGACCUGAUCUUCUAGCGUUAAUACAGAGUUGGAACCGUUUCAUCCUGCAUCAGAUUCACUAUGAAAUACUGGAGACGAGAAAAAAAGAAAAGGAACUGGCGAUGCUGUCGCAAAACUCUAGUCCGCCUAAGGUUGUUCGAGUCAACACAAACAAAGUACAAAUGGGAAUCAAUGGCCAAUACAGGGAGGAAUAUCAAUAUACUGAAAUUGAAUUCAUGGGGCCAAAAAUUGAGUAUGGUAAAGAUGAAAGGCAGGGAGAGGACGGCUGGAAGCUUACUGAGGAUGGUUUGUACAUUUUGAUAUUAUUUAAUAUUCAUUGCCUAUUUGAAGGUAACUGUGCAUCAGAACAAGUUCAAAAUUGUGAUCAAGAGCUUUCAAGCAAACAUGCUGAACGGGAGGAAUCUGAAAUAUCGCAGCUGUUUGCAAUCGGCCGGCAUCAGCUAAAUCGGUGUUUGAAAUGCAAUAAAGAGGAGGAGCGCGAGUCGGUGGUGCUGGCGUGCGCGCUGCAGUACCCGGGCGCGGCGGGCGGUGCGGGCGGUGCGGGCGGUGCGGGCGGUGCGGGGGGCGCGGGCGGCGCUGCGGGCGCGGGCGAGGCGCGCGGCGGGUUCGUGGAGCUGGUGCGCGCGUCGCUGGCCGCGCGCCGCAGCACGCCCGCCUGGUGCGACGCCUGCGCGCGCUUCACGCCCACCGCGCAGCGCGGCCGCCUCGUGCGAUUACCUCCAAUAUUAGCUAUCAACUGCGGAGGAGUAACGGCACACGAAAAAUCUUACUGGUCAAAAGGCACGCCAAAAGACCUGCCCGAGGCAGGGAAAAGAGGCGGCAGCGGCAAGCCGUGUCGUUACGGCUUACAUUGCGCUAGACCAGGUUGUCGUUUCAAACAUCCAGACAGACCUGCAUCGUCACCAUCUGGAUUAUUGAAGAGUCCACCGCAAGAAUCAAACUGCAUUUUACCACUGCAGUUACUUAUACGGCUGCAGUCUGAUGGAGACGUCGUUAUCAACGAUAAGAGCGAAAUAAGCGUAGAACUGAACCGGGUUGAAGCAAACAAGCACAAAAAGAAACAAGUGAACACUCAGUCAGAAGAGGAGUACUGUUUGACCGCUGCUGUUGUGUGUGUGGAGGACAAUCCAAAGAACUUGGUCGCUUACAUUCAAGUCGCCACAGACAACGAACCGCGGUGGUAUCUCUUCAACGAUUUGAGCAUUGUACCCGUCAGCGCCGACGAAGUGGUACAGUUUAGCGCGUGGUGGAAAUCGCCCUGCGUCUUAGUUAUGGGCCCAUACGAUCUACACGAUAUGUACUAUCAAGUCGUCAGCGAGAGAUACUACAGUUACGUCGAAUGA